AUGCUGAUUUUGCUACCUAUGAUCUUAGCUGCAGAAAAGAAGGCCUGUGAACUGCCUUCCAGUGGCUCGCUGUACCUUACAAAAUUUUUCAAGGAAAACUGCAUCCACUGCCAGAAUAUAAGCCCGCAUAUGAACGAAUUAGAGGAUACGAUGCUGCGCCACAAUGUCGGUGUUAAAUUCAAGCAGAUCAGCUGUGAUGAAUGCGACUGUGACGCAUUGGACAUCGUUGCCGUGCCUACACUCAUACUGAGCAAGGGCAAGGAGGAAAUUUCGAGGCUUAGGGGCUACUCUGAUUAUGGCGGCCUUGUGAAGUUCAUCGGUGACAACCUGGAUCUUGACAUGAAGAUAUUUAGCAGGGCUAGUCCAGAGGACGGCAAGGUCAUUGUUCUUUACGAACGCGAUUUCUACUCUGGGUUCGAAGGUCCAUGGCUUAUCCUAUUUUAUUCAAAGCGGAAAGAUCCUAUGAGAGAUACGAUCGUAGAUAUUGCAAGCAAAUUUAGCGGUCAACUGAAGGUUGGUGAAAUAAGCGAAAACAACGCUGCAAACCUCACCCAUAGAUUCAAUAUCCAAACGUUCCCGGCUGUCAUAGCCAUAUAUAACGGCAUUCUUGCCGGCUACAGCGGAAAGCAGACACCCACAAGCGUGUUAGAAUUCGUUGAGCGGCUCAUGGCUCCAAGUUUCAAGGAAAUAAACCUGGAGGAAUUCGAACAGCUCGCAUCCAAGGACGCGAAGUCUCCGAAGUUUAUCGUGUUGUACACCAACCUUGGGCUGGCAAACAGUUUCUAUAGGAAGGCUGCACACGAGUACAAGUUGCGGGCACAGAUAUUUAAGAGCAAGGAUACGGCUCUCUUCCAAAGAGCAUCAAUAUAUCCGAAGAAAUCGGACGAGGAGGAUGCUAAGGAUGAAGAUCGCGUUAUCCUCACCGUGUUCAAGGAUAAUGUGUUCCACCGAUGUCCGAUACCGCUAAGCAACCCGCAGGGAAUCGCUGAAUGGCUGUUCAACUCGCAUUUCCCGAAUGUAACGAGAAUAACGAACGACAAUUUCUACACGAUUUUCCAUGGCAUCAAGCCAGCAGUGCUUCUCCUGACACAGAGUGACGAGUUCGUGGAUCUUUUUGAGGAUGCCGCCAAACGCAUCAACACCGGAUUGCCAUUCAACGACCAAGUUAUGGGAGUUCUGGAUGUCAGUGAGUUUUCAAUGUUCCUGCCUGCGUUGCUGCCCGGUCUUAAGUCGCCUGUUAUGGUCAUUUUUGAUCCGCAGCGGCAAUUAUUCUUCACCCGACGAGUGCGGUUCAACUCGGUCGAUUUCUACAGCGAUCUUCUGACAUUGAUCAAUAUGUACUUCGAAGGCAAGCUUAAGCCUUAUCCAUACCGUUCCAGCUGGAAAAAAUACAUGUUUGGUGCUUUCGUGCUUGUUAUAUUGGGAUUGUUGGUUUCGAUUGUAUCGAAAAGAAAAAAUAUUUUGAAACGAGAGUAAAUUGAUUAAAGUGAUCCUUGGUAGAAA